ACGAAAAGAAAAAAAAAAUGACCCCGGAUAAAUGGAAUCCUUACCGUUUGGUGAUCCUAGUACUUGUCGUUUCUUCUGUUCUUGUGUCGUCUACGGUUGCUCAUAGAGGAAGACAUACACAAGGCGUCGUGGACGACGGGAGGUCGUUGAUCAUCAAUGGAAAAAGAGAACUUCUUUUUUCUGGUUCAAUCCAUUAUACACGUAGCACCCCAGAUAUGUGGCCUGAUAUUAUUCAAAAGGCCAAACAUGGAGGUCUCAACGUGAUUCAGACGUACGUUUUUUGGAACGUGCAUGAGCCUGUUAAAGGCCAGUUCAAUUUUGAGGGAAAAUAUGACUUGGUGAAGUUCAUCAAGUUGGUUGCUGAGAAUGGAAUGUAUGUGACCCUUAGAGUUGGACCUUUCAUCCAAGCUGAAUGGAAUCACGGAGGUCUUCCGUACUGGCUGAGAGAGGUCCCGAACAUCAUAUUCCGUUCUGAUAAUGCUCCAUUCAAGUACCACAUGAAAAGAUACGUAAAGAAGAUUAUAAACAUGAUGAAAGAAGAGAAGUUGUUUGCUCCACAAGGAGGUCCCAUCAUAUUGGCACAGAUUGAGAAUGAGUACAACCAUAUCCAACUUGCGUAUAGAGAAAUGGGAACAAGAUAUGUUCAGUGGUCUGCAAAUAUGGCGGUGGGUAUGAAAACUGGAGUUCCAUGGGUCAUGUGCAAGCAAAAGGAUGCUCCUGAUCCAGUCAUAAAUACAUGCAACGGUAGGCAUUGUGGAGAUACGUUUACAGGUCCAAACAAUCCCUACAAGCCUUCUAUUUGGACGGAAAACUGGACUGCUCAAUACAGAGUAUUUGGGGACCCACCUUCUCAAAGAGCCGCUGAAGACAUUGCAUACUCAGUUGCCCGUUUCUUUUCAAAGAAUGGAACUCUAGCCAACUACUAUAUGUACCAUGGUGGGACUAACUUUGGUAGAACAAGUGCGGUAUUCACUACAACAAGGUACUAUGAUGAAGCUCCUCUUGACGAAUAUGGUUUACAGAGGGAGCCAAAGUGGAGUCACCUCAGAGAUUUGCACAGGGCCUUAAAUCUGUGCAAGAAAGCUUUACUUUGGGGAACACCUGGAGGCCAAAAGUUGGGCAAGCACACAGAGGUUCGGAUGUAUGAAAAGCCAGGAACAAACAUUUGUGCUGCUUUCUUGUCCAACAACAACUCCAAAGUUGCGCACACCGUGAAAUUCAGGGGCAGUGCAUAUUACCUGCCACCGCGGUCGAUAAGCAUUCUUCCUGACUGCAAGAAUGUGGUCUACAACACUCAAACCAUUGUAUCACAGCAUAAUGCAAGAAACUACGUUAGAUCGAAAGUUGCCAGUACCCUUAAAUGGAAGAUGUCCCCAGAGCAAAUUCCAAGCGUCCACCAAGUGCCAGUUAACAACAGAAUACCACAUGAGCUCUAUAGCUUGCUGAAAGAUACCACUGACUAUGCCUGGUACACCACUAGCAUUGACCUGAGUCAACGUGACUUGCCAAUGAGGCCUGAUAUUCUACCAGUUCUAAGAAUUUCAAGUCUUGGUCAUGCAUUGCACGCAUUUGUCAAUGGUGAAUAUGUUGGAUCUGGACAUGGAAGCCAUGAAGAGAAGAGCUUUGUGUUCCAACAUGCUAUUGUCUUAAAGCCUGGGACGAACCAUAUAGCUAUUCUGGGCAUGACAGUUGGACUCCCAGAUAGCGGAGCCUACAUGGAGCACAGAUUUGCAGGGCCUCGAGCAGUAACGAUACUUGGUUUGAACACCGGAACAAUUGAUCUGACACCAAAUGGUUGGGGCAAUCAGGUUGGCUUGACUGGUGAAAAGAAUCAUGUGUUCACUGAGGAUGGAUCAAAGAAGGUUCAAUGGAGCAAAGUCAAGAGACAAGGUCCAGCUCUCACAUGGUACAAGACACGUUUUGAUGCUCCUGAAGGGAGAGACCCUGUUGCUAUCCGGAUGAAUGGCAUGGGGAAAGGGAUGAUCUGGGUGAAUGGCCAAAACAUUGGCCGCUACUGGAUGUCCUACCUCUCUCCUCUUGGAAAACCGUCUCAAGAAGAAUACCACAUCCCAAGAUCAUUCCUCAAGCCAACACAAAACCUGCUUGUGGUACUAGAGGAGGAGAAAGCAAGCCCCAAAGGAAUAGAGAUCCUAAAAGUCAACAGAGACACCAUUUGUAGCUACAUAACAGAGUUUUCUCCACCACACGUCAAGUCAUGGGCAAGGGAAGAGAGCCACAUCCGAGCAGUGGUGGACAUUCUGCAGCCAGCGGCUCACCUCAAGUGCCCGAACCACAAGAAGAUCGCCUCCGUUGAUUUCGCCAGCUACGGAGAUCCUGCGGGCGUCUGUGGAAACUUUGUCUUGGGCACUUGCAACUCUCCUUCAACCAAGGGAAUUGUUGAACAGCAUUGUUUGGGGAAGCCAACCUGUGUGGUUCCUGUGAAGAAAGAGCUUUUCGAUAAGAAUGGUGACGCUUGUCCAAAUGUCAACAAGACGCUUGCCAUCCAAGUCAAAUGUGCUCCUUCCCAUCAUUAGAACCAUGGAAGAUUGAAGUGAACUAUUGAAAACCAGUAAAAAGAAGAGACCAAAAUCUCAUUCUUCUUCUUCUUC